UAUGAACUCACUGACAGCAAGCAGGCUGCAGGCUCGCUACCAGCGCAGGAGUUUGCAAACCUCCUUCUCGAUCAUUCGCCCUGACCAGAGCUCUCAAAAAACAACCGGCUCACCCUGUGAUGGAUGUGUGGACAGUGCCUGAAAAGCGGCAGAAAGGCUGGUACUUGGACCUUAUGGCACCGAAUGUGAAGGGACCUAAAUACGCCUGGCUCGAUCCCUCCAGACUGUACUGUAACAAACAGGGUUUGCAAGACUGCAUUGAAGACCUGCUUGAACCGUUCCAAGGAGAAACCAUCGACCUGGUGGCUGGGAUUGAUGCCAUGGGAUUCAUUCUAGGCUCUGCCAUUGCCACCUCUCUUGGUAAAGGGUUCCUCGCUAUUCGGAAGUCAGGGCACCUGUGCGUGAAGACCCACUCCCAGGACUACACUGACUACUCGGGCAGGGAGAAGGCCAUGGAGGUCCGCACUGACGUCUUAAAAGCAGGGGUACGUGUCCUGAUCGUGGACCAAUGGGUAGAGACAGGAGGGACAAUGAAGGCAGCGAUCAAACUGGUGGAGCAGCAAGGUGCAGUGGUAGUAGGUGUUGCUGCUGUCUGCAUUGAGAACAGCGAGGGAGGGCACUGGAUCAGGGAGAGAUACAAACACUCCCACUGCGUGCCUUCUCACUUGCAGCCCCAGUUCGACCAGCAGAGCCUGCACUUUCAAAGCCUUCCAGAGCAUCGAGAGCCUCUGAACGCUGCCGGGGAGAAGCAUCGAGGCAGAUCCACGGGGAAGUGAUGGAUCAGUCUUUAUUACACACAGAGAGAGAGAGACAGUGGCUUGUGCUUUACUGGAGGUGUCUCUGCUCCCCACGGGGGAAAGCCGAUGCAAUAAUAGGUCAGAUUCACAAACUUAAUCAAUUUAAAAAAAAAUGAAUGACUGUUCUAAUCAGCAGUAAUGUUG